CAAAGUUUCCUAUUGACUUGACUCUCUCGACUAUCAGAGUUUCUCCGACGACAUAAAGAAGAACGGAACCUCACUGCAACUCUAGAGAGAGAAAGAUGAAGGUCGUGGCUUUAGUGAGUGGAGGCAAAGAUAGCUGUUAUGCUAUGAUGAAGUGUAUCCACUACGGUCACGAGAUCGUGGCAUUGGCUAAUUUGUUGCCGGUUGAUGAUUCCGUCGAUGAAUUGGACAGCUAUAUGUAUCAAACUGUAGGCCACCAGAUUAUAGUGGGUUAUGCAGAAUGUAUGAAUGUGCCAUUGUUCAGAAGAAGAAUCCGAGGAUCUUCUAGGCAUCAGAAACUUAGCUACCAAAUGACUCCACAUGAUGAAGUGGAAGAUAUGUUUGUCUUGUUAAGUGAAGUGAAGAGACAGAUACCUUCCAUCACUGCAGUAUCGUCUGGUGCCAUUGCAUCAGACUACCAACGACUGCGUGUGGAGAGUAUUUGUUCAAGGUUAGGCCUUGUUUCUUUGGCAUUUUUGUGGAAACAAGAUCAGACAUUGCUUCUUCAGGAAAUGAUAGCAAAUGGGAUAAAAGCUAUUUUAGUCAAGGUCGCGGCGAUAGGGUUAGAUCCCUCAAAGCAUUUAGGGAAAGACUUAGCCUUCAUGGAACCAUAUCUUUUGAAGUUAAAAGAGAAGUAUGGAAGUAAUGUAUGCGGUGAAGGAGGAGAAUAUGAAACUCUGACUCUAGAUUGCCCGCUUUUCAUUAAUGCGAGUAUCGUGCUUGAUGAAUAUCAAGUUGUGCUACACUCUCCAGAUUCCAUUGCACCUGUUGGUGUUCUUCAUCCAUCUACGUUCCAUCUUGAAAAGAAAGGGAAUCCAGACUCCAAUUCCCCUGAAGAGGAAUCGAGUUUAGUGUCUGAGGUACUAGGAGAUGGUCCUAACACAUCAGAUUUUACUUGCCAACGAGAUAAUGGAAUCGUUGAUCUAGUUGAACACACAAGUAACAGACUUCACAUAUCAAGGACUGAGAAACACAACACAUUCUCCAUCUGCUGCUGGUUGGAAGAUUCUAGUGUAUCGUCAACAGGUCUGAAAGAAGAUCUCGAGACUGUUCUUACAGAACUUGAAUCCCAGCUUUUAAAACACGGGUAUAACUGGCAGCAUGUAUUGUACAUUCAUCUUUAUAUCUCUGACAUGAGUGAAUUUGCCGUGGCGAAUGAGACAUAUGUGAAAUUUAUCACACAAGAGAAGUGCCCUUUCGGUGUUCCUUCCCGUAGUACAAUAGAACUUCCUUUGGUGCAAGCGGGUCUUGGAAAAGCUUACAUCGAGGUUUUAGUUGCGAAUGACGAAAGCAAAAGAGUUCUCCAUGUACAAAGUAUAUCUUGCUGGGCACCUAGCUGCAUUGGACCUUACAGUCAGGCCACUUUGCACAAAAGUGUUCUUCACAUGGCUGGACAAUUAGGACUUGACCCUCCCACGAUGAAUCUUCGAAACGAAGGCGCAAUUGCUGAGCUAAAUCAAGCAUUGACGAACAGUGAGGCAAUAGCACAGUCUUUUAACUGCUCAAUCUCUUCAUCAGCUAUACUCUUUGUGGUUUUCUGUUCAGCACGCACAAAACAAUCAGAGAGGAACCAACUUCAUGAAAAGUUUGUUACUUUCUUGGAUUUGGCAAAGUCUUCUCGGAGGGUACGGAAUGUCCUAGAUCCUAUGUUCCUUUACAUCCUUGUCCCCGAUCUUCCGAAAAGGGCUCUUGUUGAAGUGAAACCUAUUUUAUACGUGGAAGAAGAUACGGAAACUGAAGAUGAAACGAGCCGAGAUCAAUCAAGUGAAGGAGAUUACAGUUUUUGGGGAUAUAAGCCAGAGAAAUGGCACCAAGAUUGUGUGCAGAAACGAGUUGUUGAUGGGAAAAUGUGUGUGACUGUUCUCUCUAUCUCAGCCGAACUAAUGAGGAAACUUCAGGGAGAAGAAGAACAACUGGAGAGAGUAUCAAGAUUCUGUGUAUAUCUUCUCAACAAAACCUUGUCUGAAAAUUCAUUUUCUUGGCAAGACACGACGAGCUUGAGAAUACACUUCUCUACUAGUCUUGGUGUGUCCGUAGAGAGAUUAUCGGACAUUUUUGCUUCUGCAUUCAGAGAGCUUAACAAGAUGAGUGAUGGAGUAAAAGUCGGGAGCUCAAAAGAACCUAUCUUCAAUCUGGUCCCUGUCCUAGGUGCUGGAAACUCUUGUGCUUCACUCGACAACAUAAUCACCUGUGAACUAUUUGCCCUAAGGUCGUAGCUUUCCUGUUUCACAAGGAAAACAAAGGUUUACUUUCUUGAUCUUGGGCUCUCUUCAAUGGAUGGGUUUCUUCCGCUUAUCAAGUGCCGGUUUAUUUGCAAUGACUAGCGAAAUUGAACGGCACGAUGUUUUAGUCGG